AUGAAAAUCAAAUGUCAAGGAAAUGUAAAGGUGCAACAUGCUCAACUUCAAAGGCUUGGGAAGGCCUUUGAGCUUUUGGAGAUGAAGGUGGGAGAGAUGGUGACAGACUAUAUCGCAAGAGUCAUGGUGGUGGCUAUUGACACGAGAAAUUGUGGAGAAGACAUGACAGAUACUAAAAUUGUUGAAAAGAUUAUGCGAACUCUCACGAAGAACUAUGACUACAUUGUGUGUUCUAUCAAAGAAGCACAAGACACCGACAAGCUUACAAUUGAUGUACUCCAAAGCUCUCUUCUUGUUCAUGAACAAAAGCUAUUACGGAGAAAAGGAGGGGAUGAGCAAGCUUUGAAGAUUACAUAUGAUGACACAACAAGUGGAAGAGGACGAGGAUGA